GGGAGCGGCCUUCCCCUCCCCCGCGCCCUCCUCCCGCCCGGCCGCGGCGUCUGACGUCCCGCGCGUCGGCGGCCGCGGAGCAGCGCGGGGAGCCCGGCGGGCCCUGGACAGGGUGUGAAGAAAAACGAUGACACUCCAAUGGGUGGCAGUUGCAGCCUUUCUUUAUGCUGAAAUAGGACUCCUUAUACUCUUCUGUCUACCUUUUAUUCCUCCUCAGAGAUGGCAGAAGAUUUUUUCAUAUGCUUUCUGGGGCAAAAUUGCAACUUUUUGGAAUAAGGCUUUUCUUACCAUUAUAAUCCUAUUGAUUGUUCUAUUUCUAGAUGCUGUGAGAGAAGUAAGGAAAUAUUCCACUACUCAUGCCCUUGAGAAGAGCUCAACCAGCAGACCUGAUGCCUAUGAACAUACGCAAAUGAAACUUUUUAGGGCUCAAAGAAAUCUUUACAUUUCUGGAUUUUCAUUAUUUUUUUGGCUAGUUUUGAGACGUCUGGUUAUACUUAUUACUCAGCUGGCAAAAGAACUGUCAAACAAAGGAGUACUUAAAGUUCAAGCAGACAAUACUAACAAGGCUGCCAAAAAAUUUAUGGAAGAGAAUGAAAGACUAAAAUGGAUCUUGAAAAGUUAUAGCAAGGAUGAGGACCGUGUUUUGGAAGCAGAAAACAGAACACUAAUAGAUGAGAAGGAAAAACUGAAAACUGAACUAAAGAAGACUUCAGAUGCCCUUUCUAAGGCACAAAAUGAUGUGAUGACAAUGAAGAUGCAAUCAGAGAGACUUUCUAAAGAAUAUGAUCGACUCCUGAGAGAACAUACUGAGGUUCAGGAUCGUUUAGAAAAAAGCAAUAAGAAAGGCCUGUGAAUGUUAUAAAAGAAGAUUGUGAUACAUCGUGUCAAACGAUAAAUUUGUUAUCAUGUUAGUCUCUAGAAAUUUUAAAAUUCAGUUCAGAAAAAUGCAUUAUGACUGGUCAGUAAUUUUUUUAAUGCCGCACAUAAGUUAUAUCAUAAUGGCACUAUCAAAAUGUUUGAUGUUUCAGAUAUAUUGCAAAGUCUAUAUUCCAACUCUAAGAAAAAUAUAAGCAUGUUAAAUACCAUAUUUACAUAUUGAUAAUAAUACUGGUGUUUGGUGGCUAUUUCCCAAUAAAAGGAAAAAUUCAUUAGCCAGUUACUUCCAAAAUUAGAUUUUUUAAGUUGCAUGAAAGCAUUAAUAGCCUUGAAAGCUUUGAUGAGUUUUCAAUAAUAAUAAUAGUCUAUUUAAUCAUAUAAUUAUGUGUUUGAAAAUAUUGUUUGAGUAUCAGCAAAUUUGUUCACAGAGUAUAUAAGGAUAACUGAUCAGAAUUAGCCUCUGUAUUCAUAGGAAAGAGUCAAAAAGAACAAACAAUGACCUUAGUUUUUCUUAAGCCUGAUGAUACUAUGGUUUACUCUAACAAGACAGCUAUAUUGAUAAUUAUAUUUUUGUUACUAUGCUUCUGCCCUGUUGCACUGGUUCUUGCUGACUUUUGUGUUAAUGCAUAAUUAUUAGUAAGCAUCCUGGCUUUUCAAGUUUAUCUAGUAAUAGAGUUUACAUCUAUUUGCAUAACUGCCAUAGCACUGAACUAAAUUUAUUUUACAACAAUGUGAAAUGCUUAACUUGAAAAGUUAAUGUAUGACAUCCAAACAGCAGUGUUUUUUGUGGUUGUGAGAGUAACUAAUUAUACGAAUAUUACCUCAAAUAUACACUCAUGCCACACAGUUUUCCUGAGGUGUUUCUAUAUUCUGAAAGCUAAAUAUUAAAUACUGUUUUUUCAUUGAAA